GAGAUUAUCAUCAUUAUGUCUGGAAGAGGCAAAGGCGGUAAAGGACUCGGGAAAGGAGGCGCUAAGCGUCACCGUAAGGUGCUGCGCGAUAACAUCCAGGGAAUCACCAAACCCGCCAUUCGUCGUCUAGCUCGCCGCGGCGGAGUCAAGCGCAUCUCCGGUCUGAUCUACGAGGAGACCCGCGGUGUGCUGAAGGUGUUCCUGGAGAACGUGAUCCGCGACGCCGUCACCUACACCGAGCACGCCAAGAGAAAGACCGUCACCGCCAUGGACGUUGUGUACGCGCUCAAACGACAGGGACGCACCUUGUACGGCUUCGGUGGAUAAACCGCUUCAGAUCCGAGAAUAAA